CACAUAAGUGUUCACUAAGACCCAAUCAUUAAUGGCAUCUUUCCAUGUUUGGAUUCUUCUGUGGACCAAACCACUAGUGUGCGUCACAUAUUUUCGUAAUUGGGCUUUAUUCGGGAUUCCCUCUUCCUUCCUUCCAGGCCACUACUCUAGUCAGCUUACAGAGUACUCUUUCCCUUUUCCGAAUUCCCUCCCCCAUUUGCAUGGGGCAAUAUAUACUGACCCGCCCGAACAUGAAGAGAAAUAGUAAGGAAAGAGGCCGGCAGAAGAAAUAUUAGAUAUUCAAAUUGCUUAAGCAUGGGCUUUACUAGCAUGAUUCGCAGAUUUCUAUGGAAGGAAGAAUUAACAACUGAGGAAUGUGAAGAAGAAGAAGCCGGAAAAGUGGAGUCAAUCUGGAUUUACCCAAUCAAAUCGUGCCGUUAUAUUUCUGUUUCCGAAGCUGCCUUCAGUUCUACUGGGUUUCGGUGGGAUCGUCUAUGGCUGGUGGUGAAUUCAAGUGGGAGAGGAGUCACUCAAAGAGUUCACCCCAAGCUUGCUCUGGUUGAAGUGGAAUUGCCGGCUGAGGCUUUUCGCGAGGACUGGGAGCCCCAAAGCGACUCGUUUCUAGAGAUUAGGGCUGCAGGAAUGAAUGAUGUUCUGAAGGUCCCAUUGAUCGAACCUUGUUCUGUGUCCGAUGGUAUCGCUCUGUGGAAUUGGACUGGUUCUGCCUUGGACGAAGGGGACGAAGCAGCCGAGUGGUUCACCCAGUAUCUGGGCCAACCUACCCGACUUGUGCGCUUUCAUGAAGCAUCAGCGAGUAGGCCUGUUCCUGUGGACAAGUAUGCUUCUGACCACAAGAUCAAGUUUAAUGAUGCCUAUCCAGUUCUCCUGGCAUCCCAGAAAUCACUGGAUGCUUUGAAUGAGAAGUUGGAAGAGCCUGUAUCAAUGAAUAGAUUUAGACCCAACAUUAUUGUGGAUGGAUGCGAACCAUUCGCUGAAGAUCUUUGGAAAAAGAUCAAGAUAAAUGGACUGAAAUUUAACGCUGCCCAACUAUGUGAACGCUGUAAGGUGCCCAGAGUUAAUCAAGAGACUGGAGAACUGGGAUCUGAGCCAACUCAAACUCUUAUGAAAUUCCGCUCAACCGAGAGCUUGCGUUCAGAUAACAAGCCACCUGGAAAGGUGUACUUCGGACAACUACUUGUCUCAAGUGAUCGCUCCCUUCAAGCUAAAAGAAAAGCUAUUAAAGUGGGAGAUCCAGUUUAUGCCCUCAACAUGGUGUCUUCCUAUGACGAUGUUGCAUUUUGAACUCAGAAUGAGAAGAAGGUCCAUCUCCAUGCUGUGUAACUUCGGAUUCCCCAUAAAUAAAUUGCUUGUACUAUUCCUCGAUUAGCUAUUCUGCUUUGCUUGCCUUUAGACAUGGUGAGCCGUCCUAUUGGUUGUAAAUUGUAAUCGAACCGAAUCAAACUAAAUAAUCUAUGAACUUGAUU